AAGUUCAACAUUCAUCCAAUCCAAAAGCAGGUCUAUUACAAAAAAACGCUUACGACUCACCGCAGUUAAGUCCUUUUUUUCAUUCCAACAAAAUUCACCAUAAAUAAACCUCCAUUCAUCUCAGAUCCAAAUCCUCCAAUCCACAACAACCAUGGCGGAACACUUAGCAUCAAUCUUCGGCACAGAAAAAGACAGAGUUAACUGUCCAUUCUACUUCAAGAUCGGCGCCUGCCGUCACGGCGACCGUUGUUCCCGUCUCCAUAACCGUCCAACAAUUUCCCCAACUCUCCUUCUCUCCAAUAUGUAUCAACGUCCUGAUAUCAUCACUCCCGGCGUCGAUCCCAACGGUCAACCUAUCGAUCCGCGUCAGAUCCAACAACACUUUGAAGAUUUCUACGAAGAUAUUUUUCUAGAACUUUCGAAAUUCGGUUACAUCGAAACCCUAAACGUUUGUGAUAAUCUCGCUGAUCAUAUGAUCGGUAAUGUUUACGUUCUGUUUCGUGAGGAAGAUCAUGCUGCUGCUGCUCUUGCUUCUCUUCAUGGAAGAUUUUACUCUGGGAGACCGAUUUUGGCUGAUUUUUCUCCGGUGACGGAUUUUCGUGAGGCGACUUGUCGGCAGUAUGAGGAGAAUAGUUGUAAUCGUGGUGGUUAUUGUAAUUUUAUGCAUGUGAAGAAGAUUGGAAGGGAAUUGAGGAGGAAAUUGUUUUCUUCGCAAAGGAGCAGGAGCCGAAGCAGGAGUCGGAGUAAUAGUCCUCGUCGGAGAAGGAGAAGCCGGAGCCGUGAUCGUGAGAGGCGUGAUAGGGAUUACGAAUCUCGUGGAAGAAGAAGUAGUGAUAGGGAUAGGGAUAGGGAUAGGAAUAGGGAUGGAGAUAGAGAGAGGAAAAGAGAUAGUAGGGAUAGGGAAAGGGAUGGAGGGGGAGGACGGAGAAAUGGGAGUUCGGCGAGGGAAGGUAGCGAGGAAAGGCGAGCGAGGAUCGAGCAAUGGAAUAGGGAAAAAGAGGAGAAGCAGUGAUGUUUUUGUUGAUCUUUUAUAUUUUAAAUGUUUCUUUGAUAUUUUGACUUAGGUUAAGGGUUUGUUUUAUGCUUUAUUGUGAAAUUUAACUGGAGGUGAAUAUAUGAUGGUGAGGUUUAUGGAGGCAUUGGAGAAGAGAAGGGAAUGGCUAGGUGCUAGGGGAUUGAUUGUGCAGCUGAUGUUCUUCGGAUGUAGAAAUUGCAAUUCAAAUUUUAAAGAUUAAUGAGGUUGGGGUUUCAAUUGUUUCCUGUAAAACUGCAUGUCUCUAUUGCAGGUUAUUAUUAUCGAACUUUACAAUUGUGGCUGCAUUGUGAUUCUUUAUUGCUGAGAAUCACUGUCUAAUAGAGCUGACGUGGUCUCAUUCGCAGUUGCA